UGUUCAUUGAAUAUUAUAAAAAAAAAAAAAACUUCCGUCUUUCCACCGCUUCAUCUCCCUCUUUGCUCGACGUCGAGCACUAUUGAUUUCUUCUCUUUCCUUCAUAAUCUCUGCAAGGAAGUACCAAUCGUAUUUCGUGAAUUGCGAAAGUGUUUGUGAUCACAGAAAAGUGAUUUCCGACUCCUCUCUGGGCACAAAUGGCAUGUUUGGAAGAGAGACAUCCUCAAUUCGAGAAUUUUGUUGUUAUUUGCUUGAAUGAAGCUGAGAAAGAGAAUUGCAAUUCAAAUUAUGAAACGAAAUUGCCUUAUGAUUAUUGCCAGCUUUCAACGACAUCCAAUGUUGAGAAAGUUGGAAUUCAGAUGCCUUGUAGAAGCCUCUGCAACUCAGAUUCUUCAGCUGAGUUGGAUUUGGAGUGUGGUUCAGUGGAUGUUAAUUUGAUUAUGGACAAGUCUGAGAAGGAUUGCAGGAUUUGUUCUAUCAAUUUAGAUACUUGCAGCCAGGAAUUGGGCAUCCCAAUUGUGUUGGGCUGUUCCUGCAACGGUGAUUUGGCUUUUGCUCACCAGAAAUGUGCAGAGAAAUGGUUUAACAUCAGAGGAAACAAGAUCUGUGAAAUUUGUGGCUCAACGGCUAAGAAUUUAAUUGGAUUUGGGGAUACUGAGACCAUUGAGGACUCCAUCAAAUCAGACAAUAAUGUUGCAGCAGCAACUGAAACACAAAGAUUUUGUCAAGGACAUAGGUUGAUUAACUGUAUAUUAGGUUGGAUGCUACUCACCAUAGUUCUGUGUUACCUUCUUGGCUUCCACACACGCUAAUUAAGAAUACUAAAAGAAAACUAAAGACUGAAUAAAUCUUUUCACUGGUAAUGCUUGUUAACCGAUGAACAGAAGAUGGAGAUAAUAAUUAUUAUGAACAAGAUAGAUCAAAUAAAACCGAAUAGAAAGAAAGUGAUACAGUUUUAUUGAACUGCGGAAUGUAAUGAGUUUCAUUAAAUAUCAUUAUAUUGUUGUUUGCUGAAGAAGUUUGUGAGUGUCUAGAAAGUUCUUAUUAUAAAGUUGCUAUUUUAUGAUGGAAUAUUGUA